AUGAGCCUCAGUAUGCCGUCACGGCGGCUGCUCCGGGGCGGUAAGUCGUUCCAUCACUCGCCGCCCUCGGCCAACUCGCUCCUUCCCGCGCUGCAGUCCCUGUCCGUCGCCCCGACUUCCCAUGGCACCGCGGUUGGCGCCGCCCGUCCGAUCCACACCACGCCCCCAAACCAAUGGCUCUGGAGCCGCAAGAACAAGAACAAAACCGAGAACUCGCUCGAGGACCAGAUCGGCGGUUCCCAAAAAUCACGGCAGUCCGCCCUCUCCCGCCUGACCGGCCGAGUCGAAGCCCCGGCAAUGUUCCAGGACGACCUCUCCACACCAGAUACCACCGCCGCCGGACAGCCCUCUACUCCGGGAAAACCUAAAAAGAAGCCACGCGUGUACACGUUCACGGGCGUGUCGCUCGUCAAGGAGCAUCUCGCGCGGGCCGUCGACCCGGACCCGCGCAGCCGGGUGCGGUGGGAGCGGAAAAUGGUGAUCCGCCAGGUGCAGCACGGGACGAACCCGUUCAGCAAGGAGCCCCGCGCGGCGCGCAUCGCCCGCACCGAGCGCCAGAUCACGGCCCGCUCGCCGUGGCUCGCGACCAGCACCAAGAAGCUUGUGCAUCUGGCCCGCCAGAUCCAGGGCAAGACCGUUUCGGACGCGCUGGUGCAGAUGAGAUAUAGUAAGAAGAAGAUGGCGCAGGAGGUGAAGUAUCAGCUGGAAUUGGCGAGGGACUUGGCUGUUGUUGAGAGAGGGAUGGGGUUGGGUGAGGCGCUGAGGGCGGAGAAGGUGAAGAAUGGGGAGGAGGUUGAGGAGCCGAGGCCGGUGAAGAUUCAGGAUAAGGAUGGGAAGUGGAUUACGAUUGAAGACCCGACGCGGAUGUAUGUGGCUGAGGCCUGGGUCAAUCGCGGCCCGUGGAGAGGCAUCGUGCCGGAUUACCGCGCCAGAGGCCGCAUCUUUUACAAGCAUAAGCCUACGACGAGUAUUUCGAUCGUCCUCAAGGAGGAAAAGACACGGCUGCGCGAGCACGAGGAGCGCCAGGCCAAGAAGCUUCGCCAGGGGCCCUGGAUCCAUCUCCCGGACCGUCCCGUCACCGCCCAGCGCCAGUACUACUCUUGGUAG